AUGGUUUCACAACUUUCCUUUGACUGUGUCCUGCUGCUGCUGCCACUACUCACAAGGUCUUUGGAAGGGGAAUACGUAGCUGAAGUGGGUCAGAAUGCUGUUCUGCCCUGCACCUACUCUCCAGCCACUCCUGAGAAUCUUGUGCCUGUCUGCUGGGGCAAGGGAUCCUGUCCUAUGUUUGAAUGUCAUAGUAUGGUGCUCAGCACAGAUGGAAGGAACUUGAAAUAUCAGACAUCCAACAGAUACCAGCUAAAGAGGAAUUUCCACAAAGGAGAUGUGUCCUUGACUAUAGAGAAUGUGACUCUAGCUGACAGUGGGACCUAUUGCUGCCGGAUUCAAUUCCCAGGCCUAAUGAAUGAUAAAAAAUCAAACCUGGAGUUGGUCAUCAAACCAGCCAAGGUCACCCCUGCUCGGCCUACAUGCAGAGACUUUGGUACAGCCUUUCCAAGGAUGCUCACCACCAAGGGAUAUGGCUCAGAGACACGGACACUGGAGGGCCUCCAUGAUAAAAAUCAAACUCAAAUACCCACAUUGGCUAACGCACUACAAGACUCUGCUGUGACCACCAGAAUAGGCAUCUACAUUGGAGUGGGGAUCUCUGCUGGGCUGACUCUCAUUCUUAUCAUUGCUGCUUUAAUUCUCACAUGGUAUUCUUAUAGCAAAGAGAAGUUACAGAAUUCAAGCCUGGUCACUUUGGCCAACGUCACUCCCUCAGGGUUAGCAAAUACAGUAGCAGAAGGAAUGCACUCGGAGGAAAACAUCUAUAUCAUUGAGGAGAACAUAUAUGAAAUGGAAGAUCCAUAUGAAUACUACUGCUAUGUCAGCAGCGAGCAACUAUCCUGA